AUGUCGACGGAGCUGGAGACUGCUGAACAUGCAGGUGCUAAAUCUCACCUGUCGUUCCUCACUGAACCGACCGGGGAUUCCGCUAUUGACUCCGACCUUCAGUACAUACGCGAGCUCAACUGGGCCGAUACCGCUCCUGGACCCAUUGCAGAAUGGCCUCGCGAAUUACUGGUGCUCAUCAACCUGGCCAUGCUCAGCCCCCAGCCCCAAAUAUUCCUAUUAGGCCGUGAUUCGACCAUAUUGUACAACACAGCAUAUGGCAGGUUGCUCCGCGAUUAUCACCCGCUGUACCAAGGCAGACCAAUAGCCCUCAACACUGCAAUGGUUGGGCAUGGUCCCGCAAUACCAAGACUCACACAGCCAGAAAAUGACGGGUCCGGCUUGGACAACGAAAACCAAAUACCCUGCUUCUUCCCACAGCAUGGCAUUCUCCAGGAGGUUUUUCUCAGAGCGACAAUGGUAAAAUUACCAUUAUCCUUAGAUGGGUACCACGUCACAGCUUACGACACGACCCAGGAAGUGCUGCAGCGUCGUCGUGAGCGGUCGCUAGAUCACAUUCGUCGUGCUUCCAAAGAUGCCACAGAUCUGAAUGCCUUGUGGGCUUCAACAUUGCGUGGUAUAUCGAAUGGUAAUGGUGAUAUAUCGUUUGCGGCCAUAUACUUUGCCGACAGUAAGCUCGUGCGUGAACAUGAGACCGGAUUCAUAUCGAAUGAGAUUAGCACCGACGAAUUCAAACUUGCUGGCACUGUCGGCUCCUUCACAACACCGCUCCCAUCAAGGAUCAAGCGCGGCGAGAAUCAGGCAUGGGUUAAGACUAUCUACAAAGCCGUUGAUUUGCGUGUUCCUGAGCUCCUUCAUGCAACAGACGGAUCUUUGCCACCAGAGAUGUGCCAUGCAUCUAGGGACCGGUGCUAUGGCGAUGAUUCUCACCAGGCAGUCAUUCUACCUAGUAUCAUGGGCAAAUCCGGAAACGUUUACGCUGUAUUGAUCCUUGGACUGGCACCACGGUGUCCCUAUGAUUCUUCCUAUCAGGCAUGGGUGGGGACGCUGCAUCAACAUUUUUGCAGCAGUGUAGCAGCAAUUACAAUUGCCGAGACUAGGAGGCUUGCGAAAGAAAACGACCAAAAUCUGAUAGCAAAAGAGAAGGAGAUGCUGGCAAAGGAAAUGCAAUUGAGGCAACAAGAGGCUGUGUUGGCGACAGGCAAGAUGCAGCGCAUGUUGCAAGUAAUCGAAGCUGCCAGGUUAGUCUUCCGCAUCAUAGGCAUGAGCUGUGCUGACCUUUUAGCAAAAAAAGCGAGUCAAAAUGCGUAUACUAACGGCAAACAGGAAGCGUUUUGUAAUUUGAGUGGUUGUUCCAGAGACGUUGAUGUACGGUAUCAGACAAUGUUAAUGGAGCUUUGCGAGCAAGAUGAUCAGCCACUUCUAACAUCCCAUUGGCAGUCCUUGGUGGAUGGCCGGUCAACAACACUCGCAGUAAGGUUUCGGCCUCAUGGCUGUGAAAGAAAAUGGGUACAGAUAGCCUGUGUUCCUAUGCUUGAUAAUGCACUUGGGGUUGUAAGCAUUACAGGUUGUGUAGCAGCCCUCGACGUUCAACAAAAGAUCGAAUAUGAGGCCACUGCCGAUGCUGCUGGGGCCUCGGACCAAGUUCGGCUGAACAAAUCGCGUCUUUUGAACUUCAUUGAAAAUGCGAAUAUCGGCGUUCUGGUGUUUGACGAGAAAGGAAAGCCCUCUUUUGUCAACAAGGCCUGGUUUCAGAUGACGGGUCAUCCUUCAACGCCAGUAAAGAGUAUUCAACUUCGCUCCAUUGUUUUCCCUGAGGAUGUUUCGGAGUUUGAUGCACGCCUGGAAAAUGUUUUCAAAUUUCGAAAGCCUGAGAGCUUUCACAUUCGGUUGAAAAGUCUUCGCAAAGGAGCGCCCAAUUACUCGGAGCACACGUGGGUGCAAUUUGCCGCCUUUCCAGACAUGGUAGACGAUGGCUCUCUCCAAACAACGACUACAAUUACCGACAUCAGCGAAUUCAAGUACUCUGAGCUUCUUCAGCGUGCAAAGCUCGAGGAGGCUAUUGAAUCCAAGCGACAGCAAGAAAAUUUUGUCGAUAUGACUAGUCAUGAGAUUCGAAAUCCUCUAGGUGCCGUUAUGCACUGUGCAGACGCUUUGUCGCAUUCGCUUUCCGAAAUGAAAUUGAUACUCGACCGCACAAGCCGUCAAAAUGCGCGUGACGUAGACCACAAAACGACCACGAAACGACUUCAAGAAUGUACGAGCAGCAUGAUUGAAGCUGCCGACACUAUCAUGGCUUGCACAGUACAUCAAAAGCGAAUCAUUGACGACAUUCUCUCCAUCUCAAAGCUCGACUCCAACCUCCUAGAGAUAUGUCCCUCGGCGUUCCAAGUGAAGACCUUUCUCGAGCAAGUCGAGAGCACGUUCAGGUUCGAAGCUACACAGGCUGGUGUCACAUUCACAAUAACACCCGAUCCCUCUCUCACUCAGCUCGGGGUUGACUGGAUCGAAGCAGAUCCAGGCAGAAUCAUGCAGGUUCUCGUAAACUUGGUUGCCAAUGCUAUCAAAUUCACAAAAGAUAGCCCCAAAACUAGAAACGUUACUCUCCGUGUUGGCGCUUCCUCUUCUCGCCCGACAGAUAUAUUCGCCGACUUGAUGAUGGUAGCAUCUCCAAGCUCUUCGCAAAAAGAAGAGGCCAAGGCAGCUAUAGCAGCAAAUGGGCAGGAGCUCUAUCUAUGGUGUAGCGUGAAGGACACAGGCUGUGGUAUGGACUCUGCUUCCAUGAAACGUAUCUUCUCGCGGUUCAUACAAGCUUCCCCCAAAACAUACAGCAAGUAUGGCGGUUCUGGGUUGGGACUUUUCAUUAGCCGAAAACUCGUAGCUCUGCAAGGUGGAGAGAUUGGUUUCGCAUCGCAAGAAAAUGCAGGAUCAACUUUCGCCUUUUACGCUAAAGCUUCGCGAGCAGUUUCACCGGAAUCUGCUCUUAUUGUUCCUACCUCACCCAGUAGGCCCACAGAAGCUAGUAAUACCUCUCGACAUCCUGUCGGUCCACAAAGCCCCGAGUCUCGAGAUAAACGACAGUUGAGUGUUCUUCUUGUUGAAGAUAACAUGGUCAAUCAACGCGUCUUGAAGAAGCAGCUACAACAACACGGCUAUAUUGUUCACACGGCAGACAAUGGACAGAAGGCCUUUGACUUUAUCAAGACUUCACGACACUGGAAGGCGUAUCCAGGUACCACUGCCUCAGAUUCAUGCAUCGAUGUCAUUCUUAUGGACGUUGAAAUGCCUGUCAUGGACGGUCUCCAAUGUGCAAAGAUGAUACGCACCGCGCAAAACAAUGGGCAGAUCAACAAACACCUUCAAAUAGUUGCUGUCACUGCAAACGCAAGACCUGAGCAGCUGAAGCGUGCUACGGAGGCCGGGAUGGAUGACGCAAUCUCCAAACCAUUCCGAGUGAAAGACCUCGUACGCGUAAUAGACAGACUGGGUGCUCUAGAAUGA